UUACUGACCUGCCAGAGCAGAAGCAGACAAAAAGUCUCAGUCAACAUGGCUUCCGCCUACUCCACCCGCAGCUUCAAGUCCUCCAGCAGCUCCACACGUAUUUCCACGUCUAGCGUGGGGAGCAGCCGGGUGAGCACCAUGAGGGCCGGCAGCGUGUACGGCGGCGCAGGAGGUUCAGACGUCCGGAUCUCCAAGGCCACUUACUCUGUAGGAGGUUUCGGCAUGUCAGGAUCUGCAGACAGCAGCAUCAUUGGCAAUGAGAAACUCACCAUGCAGAGCCUCAACGACCGUCUGGCUGCUUACCUGGUCAAGGUGCGCUCACUGGAGAAGGCCAACGCUGAUCUGGAGCUGAAGAUCCGCCAGUUCCUAGACAGCAAAGUCUCCCCUAUUGCUCGUGACCACAGCACCUACUUUGCCACCAUAAAGGAUCUUCAGGCUAAGAUCAUGGCAGCUAUUCACCAGAAGGGUGGAAUCCAUCUCAGCAUUGACAACACCAGCCUGGCCAUUAAUGAUUUCAAAAUGAAAUAUGAAACCGAGCUGGUCCUGCGUCAGUCAGUGGAAUUAGACAUCGCCGGGCUAAAGAGGGUGCUUGACGAGCUCAACGUCACCCGAAAAGACCUCACCAUGCAGAUCGAAGGGCUGAAGGAGGAGCUGGUCUACCUGAAGAAGAAUCACGAGGAGGACAUGUUGGCCGCACGUGCACAAAUGAGCGGACAGGUUCACGUCGAGAUCGACGCAGCUCCACAGCAAGAUCUCACCAAGGUCCUGGCAGAACUCCGUGAGCACUAUGAAGCAGUCACACUGAAGAACCAAAGAGAUCUGGAGCACUGGUUUAAGACAAAGACGGAAACCCUGAAACAGGAAGUUGUCACCAGCACGACUGACCUGAAAACAUCUCGCACGGAAGUCACUACGGUCAGAUCAAGACUACAGGCUUUGGAAAUCGAACUCCAGUCCACCUUAGCCAUGAAAGCAUCUUUGGAGGCCACAUUGAAUGACACAAAGAAUCGUUAUGCCAUGAAGCUCUCUGGUUACCAAAGUCAGGUCACCAUGCUGGAAGAGCAGAUAGUCCAACUCCGUGCUGACCUGGAGCGCCAGCGUCACGAGUACCAGUUACUUCUAGACAUCAAGACCAGACUGGAAAUGGAGAUCGCCGAGUACAGGAGACUGCUGGACGGAGAAGCCACUGUCAAAGCAACCUCUACUUCGACCUCGAGAACUAAAGUCAUCACUGUUGUUGAAGAGGUUGUAGAUGGAAAAGUGGUCUCCUCCUCCACGUCCUCAACCAUGUCUGACAGUCGCAGACUUUAAUUAGCUGUAAUGCUUGUUUGUGUUUACAGCCAAACUGGAACCCAAAUAAAACAGCACUUAAACUCUA